AUGAAGCUUGUUUCAACUCUGCCAGAAAAGAAAAAUUACAAAAUAUUUACUGAUAAUUACUUUACGUCAGUAUCCCUUGUUAAAGCACUGAAAGAGAAACAGAUUCUGUUUGUAGGAACGAUAAGGCAAAAUAGACUUAAAUGUGAUCUUAAAUCAGAGAAGGAAUUGAAGCAAAAUGGUAGAGGUUCAGUAGACAGCAAAGUCGAAACAAGCAGUAAUAUUAUUGCUGUUAGGUGGUAUGACAAUAAAUCGGUCAAUCUAGUGUCUUCGUACGUGGGUGUAGAACCGGUUGAAGAAGUGCGUAGGUGGGAUAAAAAACAUAAAACAUAUGUUCAAGUCAAUCGGCCUGCUAUUGUUGGUGUGUACAACAGAAAUAUGGGUGGUGUAGACUUGUUAGACUCUCUCUGUUCACUGUAUAAACCGCCUGUCAAAUCAAGAAGAUGGUACAUGUACAUUUUCUGGCACACAAUAAUGAUGGCUGUAGUGAAUGCAUGGCUUUGCCAUAAGAAACAUGCAACUUUGCUUGGAACCAACUCUAUGAAGCUUCCUGACUUUAUCAAUCAUGUGGCUGGCUCACUUAUCGAGACUACGGUAAGAGUAGGCAGACCUCCACUUACUGCCGUUCUGAAUUUUUCUCCACCGCAAAAGCUCAAAAAUUCAAGUAGCAAACUUCCAUCGUCUGCUAAAUGUCUGGAUGGAACAGGUCACUUACCACUUUAUGAAGAUAAGAGGCAAAGAUGUAAACAUUCAGGGUGUGAUGGGUUUUCGUUCGUUAAAUGUGUGAAGUGUGGAGUGCACUUGUGUUUCAACAGAAACAAGAAUUGCUACAUGCUGUAUCAUGUUUAA